AUGAUUUUUCCAAUCUGCGGUCUCACCUUCCUCUGGGGUCUGCUCUCCGGAACCGCGGCACAAACGAUCCCUGAUGUCCUGGUUGCCAAGGCCGUGCCACCCAACACCCAGGCCAUUCUGAACCUCGGGCCCGAUGUCCUGAAAGAAGCUUUCUCUCAGGUCCUCAAAGACCGCAACGCUGUGAAGACCCUCGAAGACCUUCCUCUCCUCAGCGCCAUGGAGAACGCCGAAUCCCAAGGCUUCUUUGGCAGCCUGGUGAGCAGCAUCUUAAAGCAGAUCGUUUGGAUGAAGGUCACCAACGCGGACAUCCUCCCUCUUCAGCUGGAGAAGUCCGAGGAUGGUCAAGGCCUCACCAUGAAGAUUCCCCUCGAAUUGGUGGCCGGAAUAAAAACGCCGCUGUCGUGGAAGGUGAUCGAGCUGCACAUUGUGCUAGACGUUGUGGCGGAGGUGCGAAUGGGCCCCGACGGGGCGGGCCGCAGCCGCCUGCUGCCGGGGCCCUGCGCCGCCGGCAGGGGGAGCCUCAGCGUCCGACUCCUCGACAAGAUCUCGUUCAUGGUCAGUCUGUUCGCCGACAAGGUCAUCGACACCCUGCUUCCCGCCUUUCCUCAACUGGUCAAAAAGCAGCUUUGUCCUGUCAUCAGUGAAGCACUGAACGAUUUGAGUGCCAAACUACUGAGUUCCGUAAAAGUCCCCGUGCCGGUCGGAUCCAGCGACCUUGAGUUCGAGGUGUUGUCUUCCACGAUCGUGGAUAAAGGAGUUCAGAUUACUCUGGGGGCCUUGCUGACGGAUGGGAAAGGACUGGUGAAUCGGAUGUCGAAUCCGUCCGGCGGGACGUUACCCAUUCCCCAGAUGGGUCAAUCCACCAUCAACAUGGUAGUGGGAGAAGACGUCGUCAACGGGGUCCUGGGGGUCACCCUGCCCCCCGAGACUUAUUCCGUCCGCAUCAACUCCGUGCUUCCUGAUCUGGGGCAGCGGCUCAAGUCGGAACUGAUCAAAACGAACCCCGAGACUGCCAAAAGCCUCACCCAGUCCGAAAUCCUGAAGGUCACAACGCAAGAGGCCCCGGUGAUCUCACUGAAGGAUGGCAGUGCCAACGUGGCCCAGCUGAACCUGAUUGAGCUGUUCACCAACAGCCAGGCGGUUCGCCCUCUUUUCACACUGGGAGUGGAGUCCAGCUCCGAGGGCCGGUUCUUCACUGAUGAAGACAAGAUUAAACUCAAUUUAAAAGGAAUCAAGUCUGAUCGGAUCCAUCUGAUUAAAUCCAACAUCGGCCUGUUCAAGACGGACCCGCUGAAAAACCUGGUCGAUGAAAUCCUCACCACCGUGCUCCUUCCCACGCAGAACGGCAAAAUAGGGAGUGGAAUUCCCACCGAGCCCGUGAAGCGCCUGGGCUAUGAGAAGCUCAAAAUCUUCCCCGUUGACGGUGCUCUCCUGGUGACUCCAGCUUCCCUAACCUAACGCCACGGGCCAUCUCUUCCCUC